AUGUUACCACCAGUUCUUAUAAUUUCAAUAAGUAUUGUAGCUAUUGAAGUUGUUGUUGGAUUUAUUGGAAAUGGAUUUAUUACAGCUGUUAAUAUCAAUAACUGGAUCAAAAGCAAAAAAAUUUCUUCUGCUGAUAUGAUCCUGCUUUUUCUGAGCAUAUCAAGAUUUAUCUUGCAGGUGACCAUACUGAUGUACAUUCACAGCCUGUACUUUGCAGAUGUGUAUAAGUUGGCUUCUGUGUACAAAGUUUUUGGUGCUGUAUGGAUGUUUGUAAACCAUGCCAGUUUGUGGUUCAGUACCUGGCUCAGUGUACUCUAUUGUGUAAAAAUAAUCAAUGUCACUCAACAACUGUGGCUGCAAAUCAAGAUCAGGAUAGCUGGGAUGGUCCCAUGGCUUCUUCUAGGAUCACUGGUGAUUUCUUCGGUGACUUCUCUUCCUUUACUCUGGAUUACACCCAGCGCUUACCUCUGCAGCUCAACAGGGAACUGUAGAGAAAAUAGCACUGCAUAUGUCACUGACUGGGAUAGUUCGCAACUCUACUUGCUGCUUCUUUACUCUGUAGGGUGCUUUUUCCCUUUAGUACUCUCUGUGGUAACCUCAGCUCUGUUAAUUACCUCUCUAUGGAGACACACAAGGAAGAUGAAAUAUUAUGUAGAUACUUUCAGAGAUCCUUUGAUAGAUGUUCAUGUAACUGCCAUUAAAUCUGUUAUUUCCUUCUUGAUCCUGUAUCUUUCUAGUUUUGUAGCUCAAAUUCUUUUGACGUUGUCAACUUCUCAAAGUAAAGACAAUGUCAAAGUUGCAGUAUCCUUAGUUGUAGCUGGGGCAUAUCCAUCUCUACACUCUAUCGUCCUGAUAAUAGUCAAUUCAAAAUUGAAACUGGCAUUUAAGAUCCUUUGCCAGCAUUUUAAGUGCCAUUUGGAAAAUAUGACUCUAAGCUCCAUUUUAUAG